AUGGUAAANUCGAUAUGCUCUCAUCGCUUUUCAGUUCGCACUAGAACUGAUCGACCAAAACCAGUUGUAUUUCUACAGCAUGGACUGCUAUGUAGCAGUUCUGUAUGGGUGAUGAAUAAGCCGCAUCAAUCUGCAGCUUUCAUAUUCGCCGAUCUCGGAUUCGACGUAUGGAUGGGCAAUAAUCGUGGUAAUUCAUAUUCGCGUUUUCAUACCGACUAUGAUACGUCGUACCCUCAGUUUUGGCGUUUCACGUUAGUUUUUGAUAACUUUUUUNCCAAAAGCCAGUCACUCUAUUACGUGGCUCAUUCACAAGGAACAUUAACAAUGUUCACAAAACUCUCUGAGGAUCCAUCGUAUGGACGCAAGGUAACUGGAUGA